ACUUGUACCAAAAUCCUUUCAGACACUCCAACCGAAUUUUAACUUGCGCCGCCGGCGAAUCACCAUGCUAUCGGACGCCGACCUCACCGGCCGGCUCCGGCAGCUCCUAACCAUCUCCGAUCUCAACACCUCCACAACCGCCUCCAUACGCCGCAUGCUGGAGCAAGAAUUUGGAGUCGAUUUAACUGAUAAAAAAGCAUUUAUUCGCCAACAAAUCGAUCUCUAUUUAGAAACUCAACAGCAGAACGAAGAAGGUGACAACGAAGAGGAAGAAGAACAAGAUGAAGUUGAAGAAGAGGCUGAAGAAGAAGAAAGUAAUGGAAAAACUGGUGGAAGCAGAAAACGAGGGUCAAGAAAUGAGAACAAAGAGGUGAAGAAGAAAGGGGGCGGGUUUACCAAGUUAUGUACUCUUUCUCCACAACUUCAGAAAUUCACAGGAGUACCCGAAUUAGCAAGGACAGAGGUUGUUAAACAACUUUGGAGUUACAUUCGUGAACAUGAUCUGCAAGAUCCAGCCAAUAAAAGGAACAUACGUUGUGACGAACCAUUACGUGAACUUUUUGAUGUGGAUACGAUUGACAUGUUUCAAAUGAAUAAGGCUCUUGCUAAGCAUAUAUGGCCAUUGAAUUCUGAUGGUGCAGCUCCAGUCAGUGCAGCACCAAAGGAAAAGAAGCCUAAGAAAGAAAAAACAGAAGACUCAGCUGAGCCAAAAAGAAAGAAGAAAAAGGAGGGUGGCGGCGGCAGCGGUGGUGGCGGUGGCAGUGGUUCGGGUAUUAUGGCUCCAAUUCCACUUUCAGAAGCUUUGGUGAAAUUUCUCGGAACAUGUGAAGACGCGUUGGCACGCUCGGAUGUUGUUAAGAGAAUCUGGGACUACAUUAAACAAAAUAACCUUCAGUUACAUAUGUUUGAUCCUGCGGACAAAAGGCAGAUUAUAUGCGAUGACAAGCUGAAAGAGCUCUUUGAUGUUGACACAUUCAAUGGAUUUACGGUUUCAAAACUUUUAUCAACUCAUUUCAUAAAGGCUGAAAGGUGA